UCUUUUUUGAUUCCUGAAUGCGGCAUGCUACCUGAAGUGCUGAAAAGUACCAUUGCGGAUAUUGGAGAGUACUACCUGGUGAGGAGUUUAUCGGUUCAUGAAUUGGUCGCUCAUGAUUUCAUUGAUGCUUUUGUGAAGAAAGGUUCAUGCUACGCACUUACCUAUAACACAAAAAUUGAUCAAGAUAAUACUGCAGCUCUGCUACCAAAUGGAAAACUAAUUCUGUCAGUGGAUAAAGACACUUACGAGGAACUUGGACUGCAAGGUCGCCCUUCUCAGUAUUCUGGCAAAAAAGUGAUGAGAUAUAUUAUAACUAUUGACUUGACUGAUUCCGGCUUUCACCCUGAUAGCAAGAAACAUAACAGAGUGCUUUGGGCCUUGAAAGAAAAGAAACCUUUGGAAUUUGACUUCCUGCUGGCUUGGGAUAAUACAGGUGCAGAGGGAUCCAUAUUGAUGUCGUACUUUUCAAAAAACCAAAUACAGGCCCUGAAGCCAAAAAUAACUUUCAGCACGUUAAGAGACUUGCAGUGUCCAGUGUUACAAAGCAAUGAACUACAAGGAAAGCCAGAGGAGUCCUGCAGUGCAGAGGAACUGUUUGAAUGGCUAGGCGCUGUCUUGAAUCAAGUUAGCUUAGACAACAAAUCAUCUAGCUUCUUAUCAACCUACUGCUGUCCUCAGCCCAACACAGUGGUGGAAAAAGCGUUUUUGUGCACAAUCACAGGCUUUAUAAUUCCUGAGACAAUAAUUCAGUUAUUGGAGCAGCUGUGUUGCUAUUUUGGUGAACCAAAACUGGCAUAUUGGCUGACCUUAACUGUGCAUGGCUUUGCAGACAGCCCUGUUUCCUGGAGAGAAAGUGAACAUGGUUUCCACAAGGGAGGAGAGAACUUGUACAACUUCGUCAUUUUUAGAAAUCUGGACUACUGGCUUCAAAUGGCUGUGGGAACUAAUGAUGAUUGUCCUCCAUAAAGUUACAUCUACAGAAGAAGUAUUUUAUAAUCUCAUGCUACUGUAUAGAAACCUGAUAAGGUAGUUUUUAUAAAAGUAAUUAGGUAACAAGUGAAGUA